AUGGGUUCGAGGGGAUGGAUGUAUACCAAAAUGGUUGGGGUGUUCGUACUCUGCUGCGUUGGAGGUCCAGCACUGAUGUACUACGUAACACCUGCCGAGGGCGAAGUUUUCAAACGCUUCAAUCCUGAUCUCCAAAAGCGCAACCUCGAACUGCGGGAACAACGACUCAAAAACAACGAGGAAUUCGUCUCCAAAUUAAUCGAGUAUUCCAAAUCAGACAAACCUGUAUGGAUUGUCGCUGCGGAGGCUGAGAAGAGAGAGAAGGCCGAAAAAAUGAGAAUGGCAGCGGAGCAGGGAAUGGAGAGGGAGACUAUUAGGGAGCAAAUGAGACGUGCACAGGCAGAAGGAAAGUAA